AUGAAAUAGCCUUUAACUAAAAAAUAUUUAGUUGUAAUAUCUUUAUUAUAUAUGAGUCUACUUUCUGUUUAGGCUUUGGAUUAAUAAGAUGAACAAGAGAAUCAACCUUACAUUGUUAUAUAAUCUACCAUUUAACUUGAUUAUUAUUCAUAUUAUUACACUAUUCCUUUAGAUUUAGAUGCCUUAAAAAGUUACUAAACCAAUCAUUUUUCAUUUCAAGAUGAAACAUUAUUAACAAAAAACCAAUUGAGCUAAUAUUUUGUUGGAAAUAUAGCUAUAGAAUUUCAAGUUGAUUCUGAUAUAGAAUUCAGUACAUUUUUGUAUACUACAAAUUAUUCAAAUAAAACAUCACUGAGACUGUUCAAGAAUGUGCAUAAUAACAAUCAUUUAAAAAUCAAUAGGAAUUCUGACUAGAAGUUAGAAAUUAUCUUAUAAAGAAUCAAAGAACAAGAAACCGAUAAUGAUGACGAAGAAGAAAUAACUGGGACUUAUAAAGAAGAGUAAAAAAAUAAUCAAACUCAAAAUAAUAAAUAAUUCCCUACUCAUUUGAAUUACACUCUAAAAAUAAUAAACUUAAAUUAGUCACAAAAAUAUUGUCCAUAUAAUUGCUACGGGAAUGGUGAGUGCUAAGCAGAUGGUAUGUGUCAGUGCAAUGAAGGCUUCUCUCCUAUAUUUUACUGCAUGAUUGAAGUUAAAGAUUUAAAAUUAGAUUUUGAAGAAAUCAGUGAUUUGUAGAUUAGUGAAAUUUAGAAUAGUCCCAGAUAAAAUAAGUUGGGAUAAUCAUAAAAUAAUAAUUUAUUUCAAAUGAACUAUGCAAGGCUGUAAAUUAACAACAUUGAAGAUUUUAAAAAUCAAGUUUUGUAUAAAUAAUAAUUUUAUGGUGUCCCAAAUGAAAUCUUAAUCAGCUUUUACUAUAUUAAAAAUUAUACAGAUAACCAACCAAGUAUACAGAUAUUAGAUGAUCAUAAUUACUUUAAGGUUUUAGAAACAGAAGAAAAAAUCGAUGAUGGUGAAAAUAGAUUUGUUUCAACGUUUUAAAUUAUAAAUCUCGAUUAUUAUAAAUUUCUAGUAGACCAGGAUACAUAGGGUUAAUUAAUCACUUUUGCUUAUAACAAAAAUUUAAAUAAUUUUCAAAUAGAAAUUUAAGUUCUCUACGAUGAUUUUAAACUGCUCUACGAAUCAAUCCAAAUAUUAGUAAUUGCUCUAUUAAGUAUCUUACUCUUUAUUUUUUUAGCUAUCACUCUAAAAAAGAAUGAUAACCAGGAGAGCUAAAUUAGGUAACUAUCAAUACGCUAGAUUAAUGAAUUGACAUAUUUAAAAAGAUCCCACCAAUAAAACAUAGAUAUAUAAAGUAUUAUGAAAAAUCAAAUGAUUUCAUUUGUUUACGACUUAUAAUCGUCAAAGAAUUAAGAAAACGGAACUCAUGCAGAAUGUUUCAUCUGUCUUAGCGCUUAUGAAGAGUCAGACGAACUAUGCAAAACAAAAUGUGGUCAUGUAUUUCAUAAAAACUGCAUACAAGCUUGGGUGUCUAAAAAUCAAGUUUGCCCAAUAGACAGAAAUUGUAUUUUCGAUGGAAAACCUAUCUCUAAAGAGUAAGUUAACUAACUAAAUAAUUGA